AUUCACUUUAUUAUUAAAUUUCCACAGAAAAACCUAGAAAGAUGGAUCCAGCUCAAUCAAACGUCAGUGACAAAGCCAAGGCUAAUGAUGCUAAAAGAGAGCUUUUUGAGAAAAUUCAAGCAGGGGAUUCCGAUCUGGUCAGGCAGUUGAUAGGGAGGUCUGGUGUUUCGGUCAAUUGCGUUGAUGAGCAUGGCAUGACCCCUUUGCAAAAUGCUGCAUUUAAAGGAAAUCUUCAUUUGUGUGAACUCCUGCUUGCCCAUGGAGCUGAUGUGAAUGCAAACCACCAUGAAAAUGGCUACACAACACUCAUGUUUGCUGCAUUAUCUGGGAAUACUGAGGUUACCCGUUUGAUGCUUCAGUCUGGAGCUAAGACAUCACCAACCAAUAGCGUAGGUCGAACUGCCGCUCAGAUGGCUGCCUUUGUAGGGCAACAUGCUUGUGUCAGCAUCAUCAACAACUUCUUUGAUCGGGAACAGUUGGACUAUUACACCAUUCCAAGAGGUUUUGAGAAAGAGCCUAAGUUACCACCACAGCUUGCUCCUGGUCUGCACAAAAUGAUCCUCAUGCACAAUCUCAAUCCUGUCAGGCUUGUACAGUACCUGAAGAAUAAUGAAAAUCUGUUGAACGAGGCGGUCAAGGUUGCUAAUGUGUUGGAACUGAUCUCAGAGAAGGAGAUGAAGUCUAGUUCAACCAAUGAUGUCUUGGCUGUUAAGAUGCACUAUCUGUCCAAUUUGAUCAGGCAGUGCCACAAAUGGAACAUGGAGAAAGAUAAUGGUGUCGAUGACUUUAUCAAAUUUCUUCUGAGAGCGAGAGAGAAUGAUGGCGCCAGGGUGAACACAGAGAAGUUUCUAAGGGAGAUCAUCAGGGAAUUCCCAUUCCAUGAGAGUGAACUAUUUAUUCAAAUUGUGAGAAAUUUAACGGAUGUUAAAAUCGGUGAUGACCCAACAGCUCUGAGUAUCAUAACACAGGCAGUGAACGGAGCCAGGAGUCUGGAGGUGGAUAACCCAUGCUCAACCUGUGGAGAAGCUAAGGCAAGCAAGAAAUGUUCAGCAUGUAAAGAGGUGAAUUACUGUGAUGCAGUGUGCCAAAAGCUAGAAUGGUUUACACACAAGAAGCAGUGCAAGCGUCUAGCACAAGAACAUAAACAAAGGUUGGACGCUAUAGAGAAGGAGAACAAGAGACAGAAAUUGGAAGAGAAGAAGAAGCUGGAAGAAGAGAACAAAAGAUUGGAAGAUGAACAGAAAGAGCCACUAACAAAUGGUACUGCUCACAAAGAAGACACCAGAAACGCACAGGAAGAAUCUGAAACGACUGAAACCAGAACUAUCAAAGAGACAACUGAAAAGUUAGAGGAUACUACUGUGAGCUAAUUGCAUUUUAUAGUGGAUUGUGCAAAACAGAAACAGUGCUACUUCAAUAGAACUACCAUAUUAUAUAUUGGUUCAGAAUUCCAGCUGACGUGUAGGAGACUUGCCUUUUUGUGUUUUGUUGUAGUACGCAAUAUGGUUGUGAACAUAUUUUGUUUGAUAUUACAAAUUACAGAGCUGCCAACUAUUCGGAAAAAAGAGUAAUUAUUACGAUUUUCACACCUUAUCAUGCAACAACGAUUUGGACCUUGGUUACUAUGCUUUUCAGCGCCAACAGAUAUGUACAAAAUUUUAAUACACUAAUAAUACAUUGCUGUGGCAAACUCAUCCAAAGGCGGCAAUUAUUGCCAUUGCAUGCAUGAUUGUGUCGCUUUGUUUACGUUGCUGGGCAUGUGAUAAUUGCCUCGGCCGUGGCUGGGUAGCGCCGACUGUUUAUACCGUAGAUUGCGUGCAUUGCCUAUGAAAAAAUUCUUGCAUGAAUCCUUAUAUCCACGCACGUGCCCAGAAAUAGGAAGUUAUUUUUCCAUGUUUCCAAUGCAACGAAAAAAAUAACCAUACCAGUAUAUAGGAGGAUUGUUACAAUAGGUGCUGUUUUUUUUAUUUUUUUUUAUUUUUAACUUUUCAUGCAUUGUGGAUUAGAAUUUGUGUCAAAUCUUUGGAUUGUUAAAGUGGAGUAUUUGAUAAGAUAUACUGCAAAAGGAUAAAAUAACAAUUUAAUUGUUAGAGGAUCUCAUGCCUGCUUAUUUAGCUCAGCAAGCCUCCAAACUUGCUACCCCACUAGGACAUGAGGUAUUUGAGCAUUGUCUCUGUUGGUCCACCGCCACAAUGGCGGUGGGAAUGUUGUGUAUUGCUGCUUAAAACUUCUGCAUAUGAUUUGAUUGAAUUGAUUUUUGAUAUGGCAUCGGGUUCAAAGAUGAAACAGUCUAUCAGACAUCCAUAUGAUUAAUUUCAGUGAUGUUGAAGACUAUAUAGAAAGUUUUUUGAGGUAAGAAAUGAUUUGAAUACCUUGGAUUUUUUAUGUUGAAGCUCACAUCCUUGCCUUAGAUCUACACAUUUAGUAGGUCUAAAAUCUUUUAAAAUCUGUCAUUUACAUCCCUUUGUGCACCAUACCACUUCAAAGUAAUUCAAAACACUGCGCGGCCCAAAUGAAAUUACCUUUUUUAUCUCAAAGAAAUUUAUGAUAGCGCACAGCGCAUAUAAAAUUACUCUUUUUAUCUCAAAAUUAGUAUUUUUGAGCUUCUGAAUUACUACUGUUUGGCAGCUCUGAAAUUAAUGUUUUUUGUUAUUGUCAUUAUUUUUCACUUCUUAUUCUUGUGCAUGGCAUAUUUCAGUUAAUCAUACAGAUAUUAAUUGAACAGCUAUUGAACUUUUAAAAAAAUUAGUUUCUCUCAAAAACUUGAUGGGGGAAAAGGGAUAUAUAUUCAAAAUUUGCACCUUUUUCAUCUAAAUGUUAUCGUAAUGUGAUUUGACUCUGUAGUAGUUUCGACCUUUUUUUUUCAUGUGUUCAGAGUUCCUAUUUCAGUUGUUAUAUUGAUAUUUAUUUAAUCCAGUGUACUUUGGGGAUAUGGAAAUUAAUAUUGCAACAGAUUAUGGUUUUUACAAUGGUUAUUGACUUGAUAUUGGAUUUCCUAGGAAUGUCAUGUUAUUAGUACAACAUUAUGAGUAAUGUGACAUGUUGGUUAGCAUGAUAUACCAGUACUAAACUUCAUACAGUAAGCUAUAUCAACUCACAAGAUUGAUUACUGGUAAUGAUGUUAGAGUGACUAAUGCUGGCAAUAGGUAGAUUUCAUUUACUAUGCAUGAAAAGCUAGAGAUUAUUGGCUGAAAUUCAUGUGAUCAGAAUUGUAGUUGUUUCCAAUAGCACUAUAGGUACAAUGUAGACCAAUGUCCAUGUUAACAUUUUCCAUGAAAACCUUUCAUGAAACCAGACCCGAUGAUGUGCGCCUUAAAUGGCACUGAAGCCACACACCAUAGGGUUUUUUUAAUAUGCCGGAUAAUUCCGAAAUAAAUGUAAUAUUUUGAUUUUCAUGUCCAAACUAACAAUUAGCUUGAGAUUCGAUUAAAGCUUUCACUCUUAAGAUUUUUGGUGGUAUGAUAUCUAAUAUUGUCUUUUUUUAUGAAACGUUGCUUGCACAAAAUACCUCGAUACAUGUAUGUAAGUGAUCCCAUCGAAUUACACAAUGAAUUAAAGGGCAAGCUUCAUACAGCAAUCCAUACUGGAAUAAAGAGAGCAAAUUCGUUUAAAGACAAUGUUAUCUACCCAUUCAUAUCACCCUUUUAUAUUAUGUUUUACCUUAAGCAGUUGUUUACAAGUUUUAAAUGUAAUGAUUUUGCAGGGUUAGAUAAUCUGAAUAUUAUAUAGAUUAACUUUGUAAUGCUGUCUCUGUAUAGAUGUUUACUUCAAAUUUAUCAUGCAAAUUUAUGAAUGAAGGAGAGAAUACCUGUCAGUUUAACUUUGAAACAGCAAAUUAAAUAUGAUAAUUACUAUUAUUAGCAGAUACAUGUGUCUACCAGUGCGGGCUGCACAAAACGGUUGUAAGCGCUACAUAGCACUAGAAGGCUCUGUCACAUCUUACUGAUUGUGAUGUCAAACGUUGAUCCAAUAAUGUGUUGUGACAUUAGGCAAUGCCAUAACAUUACCGGUUGUAGCAAGGCCUCUGUUAGCGUAUUGUUUGCUCAAUCAGAGUUUCUUAGGGCAGGUACUGGAUGUUGUUUCCUUACAUUCCAACCUAGUGAAAAUCACAUUAUGAUUGAGAGGUAGCCUGAUGUAAUUAACAGAGUUGUUGGUUGAGAGUGUUAUAUUCCAGGAGACAUGAUGUUCAUUACAGGAACUUGAUUUCUGCAAUGUACACUGAUCCUUCCACAGUUGGUCAAUGUUUUGAACUUUUUCAGUCGUAUGUAGUUGAUUUGACUAAAGGUAAUCAAGAUUUUCUUCUCAUUCCUAUGGGGCAUUGCAAGAUACUUACAUUUAAUUCCACAUCAAACUUGAGUCCUAAACUGAAACGCAAAACCCAAUAUCAAACACGAAUUUGUAAUUGGAUUAGCAUUCAAUUGCAACUCCAUAUUCAUUUAGCUCCCUUGUUUGCAUGAUUCUGGGACUUAUGAUUUGCAAUUGAACAUGAGUUUCUUGUAACACCUUGGUAGUGUGUUACUUACAUUGAAAAUCUGAUUCAUGAAAUAAAUUUCAGAUUUCUUUUCCCACAACAUGUAAAGUACCGUCAGAAAUUACUUCAUUACUUGCAGACUUUGAAUAUUCAAGCAAUUAGCACUUUUUAAAGUUGUCGGCUCUGCACGACUAUGUAUAGUGCAUAGAUACACUCUUUUGCUAUGUGAAUGAUAUGUACUAUACAAGUAAUGUUCAGUAAUAUUAUCAUUAUAAAUUGAUGCUGCUCGUGUGUACAAAUUCAAUGCACUAUAAGCAUGGUUUAAUGUUAUGACAUUAUGUUUAGAUUAGAUAUGGGUUUUUUUUGUUCAGAGGUGCUAGUAAAAUACAUUCUUUGGUGUUUUUAUUUGUUUAGCUGAUGAUGCUUUGUCUUGUAUACUCCACUAAUGUUCACAAAUGUCCAUUUGACUUUCUUGCUCAAUAUUAUUUCAAAAUUUAAGAAGUGACUUAAAUGUUAAUGAUCACCUGCAAUAGAUGGUAAUGGAUUCUAUAUAUUCCCAUGAUUUUUUUUUUUACCAAUUGUUUUAUCCCUGAAUGACGGACAGUCAACCUGUCCGAAACGUUGAGUCUCUCUACUGCUCAUCAUCUACUCGCCGACUCAAGCCAGCAUCUCCUCAUCAGCUCUACUACUCAAGCUGUUCUCACUCAACAUUCCAUCU